AUGGAAGCAACAUCACGAACUCAUGAUUUAAUCACUCAUCGGGCCAAUCGUCACCCGCUCCUCAUUCGCUCAUUGUUGUUCGUACUCACUCUUGUCAGCUUUGACGUUUUCGACCCACCUUCCUUUCUCUUUACGUUUGUAGGGAUCAAUUACAAAGAUUGCACUGAUGGAUCAGUUCUAGAAGAGGGACAUAAACAAGUAAAAGGGAAUAUGUGGGAAAAGAUUUGUAGCUUUUAUAUGAAGUCUCUUUUAGUAGAUCUUAUUAGGCCGGAUGAUAUAAAGGAGCUUUGUUCUGUUUUAGUGGUGUAUGCAAAUGAAGCUGCAAGAAUGCUUGCAGAUGAUCAGAGAGAAAGCUCAACAUUAAAAGAAGAACCUGAAACUGAAAAAGUGGUGGCAGAUGAACCUUCAAGUGGGGCCCACAAUGAUGAUGAUGAAAUGGGCCCAAAUGGGUCGGGUUCAGAUGGGCCAGAUGGGUCAAAAGGGAGUCCCAUGUCCCCUGGAACUUUAGCAUUGAUGUGUGAUGAACAAGAUACGGUUUUCACUGCUUCAAAUUCUAUACCCGGUGGGGCCCACGUGCCAGCUCAGCUGCCACAUGGACAGGUGGUGACUGAAACUUAUGCUGCUCAGGAGAAGAUUGUCUUGACAGCUUUUCAGGAUUGUCUUAAUCGCCUCAUCACUUUUGGAGAGUUGAAAGAAACACAAUGCUCUUCAUUGGCUAGAAGUGAUUCAGGAGGUCAAAGUCAAAUGGAAAAUCAACAUGAACAAUUAGCAGCAGGUCAGGAUGUCAGGAUGUUCGAAGAGUGUUUGCAAACAUCAGAAUCAGAUGAUGAACCUAUGACCAAAUUAGCAAUCAUCCCAUGCACUGUUCUUUUAGAGACUCUUUUCUUCAGCAAACAAUUCAGCAAGAAGAUCCGUUUCUCACUUACUGUUCUUCUCAUGGGAGUUGGUAUUGCGACUGUAACUGACCUACAACUCAACAUGUUGGGCAGUGUUUUAUCCCUGCUAGCAGUCCUUACAACUGGUGUUCCUGAAUCCUUAAAUUCUCAUAAAUUGGAUGACAAACUAUGA